AUGUCGUUCCCGCAGCUGGGCUACCAGUACAUCAGGCCACUGUACCCCGCCGAGCGCCCGGGCAGCGGCGGCUCCCGAGGCGGCGCGGAGCUGGCCCCGUCCGGGACCCUCUCCAACGUGCUCUCCUCCAUGUACGGCGCGCCCUAUGCCGCCGCCGCCGCCGCUCAGGGCUACGGAGCCUUCCUGCCCUACGCCGCCGAACUGCCCAUCUUCCCGCAGCUGGGCGCGCAGUACGAGCUGAAGGAGAGCCCCGGGGUGCAGCACGCCGCCUUCCCGCACCACCACCCCGCUUUCUACCCCUACGGGCAGUACCAGUUCGGGGAUCCGUCGCGGCCCAAGAACGCCACCCGCGAGAGCACCAGCACACUCAAGGCCUGGCUCAACGAGCACCGCAAGAACCCGUACCCCACCAAAGGUGAGAAGAUCAUGCUGGCCAUCAUCACCAAGAUGACUCUCACCCAGGUCUCCACCUGGUUCGCCAACGCGCGGCGGCGGCUCAAGAAGGAGAACAAGAUGACCUGGGCCCCCCGCAGCAGGACGGACGAGGAGGGCAACUCCUACGGCAGCGACCACGAGGGGGAAGAGGACAAGAGGGAGGACGAGGAGGAGAUCGACCUGGAGAACAUCGACACCGAGAACAUCGAGAGCGCCAAGGACGAGCUGGAGGACGAGCUGCAGGACGCGGACCUACUGCACUCCGACUCCAAGACGGACUCGGAGGGCUCCGAGGGCUUCGAGGACCUGCCCGGCUCCGAGGAGCGCUACCUCGGCCCGGCCGCCGCAGCCGCCGCGGAGCCGCUCCGCCUCCGCCACCACCACCUCCGCCACCACCGCCACCACCGCCGGCCGCCCUGCGAGCUGCCCUCCGCCGGCCCCGAGCCGCCGCCGCCCGCCCCGCCGCCGCCGCCGCCGCCGCACCUUUCGUCCCCCUCCUCCGCCUCCUCGUCGGCCGCCUCCUCCCCGACGGACGCCGCUUCGGCCGGCACCGUGCCGAAGCCCAAGAUCUGGUCGCUGGCCGAGACGGCCACCAGCCCGGACAACCCCCGCAAGUCUCCCGGCUCCCCGCCGGCGGCCGCCCCCCAGCCGCUGUCGCUGCCCCCUCCGCCGCCCCACAGACUCGUCUCCUCCUGCCCGCUGGGCAAGUUCCCCAACUGGACCAACCGCGCCUUCCCGGCCGCCUCCCCGCACCACCACGCGGCCCCGCACCCGCUGGCCUUACUGAACACUCCGCACCUGCUGGGGCUGGGGGCCGCCCCCGCCGCCGCCGCCUUCCCGCGGCCCGCGGAGCAGGCGCCGAGCGCGGAGCCCCCCGGAGCAGAUCGAUCUAGUGCCUUGGAAGUAGAGAAAAAGUUAAUAAAGACAGCUUUCCAGCCAGUGCAGAGGCGGCCCCAGAACCAGCUCGAUGCCGCCAUGGUUCUAUCGGCGCUGUCAUCGUCUUAG